ACGUCGAAUGAUUAUCCUCUUCGUACACAUCAAUUCUUAGCACAAGACGAUGCGGUUGCUAAACUUUAAAUCGUCCCUUUUCAUCGCUCUCCUCUAUGUCUGUGUUGCGUCCGCCGAUCGCCCUUUCACCAGCGUGAAACAGGGUGAUCUUGAAGGAGUUUGGCAAACAUCGAGAAAGGGUCUUCAAUAUGCCGCUUUUAUGGGGAUUCCGUAUGCUAAACCGCCAGUUGGUCCAUUGAGAUUUGAGCCUCCAAAAAAAGCUGAUAGUUGGAGUGGAGUUUUGGACGCAGGAGAUUUUAGGUCGCCAUGCAUUGCUUAUGAACAUGUUUUGGGUCCAGAUAAACACGACCCAGUUGUUGGAGAGGAAGAUUGUCUUUUUUUGAACGUUUACACACCUCGUCUUCCAAAGGAAAAUGCAAAAGAUGAAGAUUUGUUGGACGUUGUUUUUUACAUUCAUGGAGGCGCCUUUAUGUUUGGUGGCAGUCAGUAUUACGGAGCUAAAUAUCUGAUGGACAUUGAUGUUGUUCUCGUCACUAUGAAUUACAGACUUGGUCCGAUGGGUUUUCUUAGCCUGGAGGAUGAAAUUGUGCCUGGAAACAAUGGGCUAAGAGAUCAACGGUUCGCUAUGGAGUGGGUGAACAAAAACAUCCGCAGUUUCGGCGGAAACCCUGAGCAAGUGACUCUCAUGGGCCUUUCUGCAGGUGGAGCCAGCGUCCAUUAUCACCUCCUGAAAAAUGAUGUGCAUAGAUUAUUCAAGGCUGGAAUAUCGAUGAGCGGAACCGCCACUUGCCCUUGGGCUUUAGUGGAUAAUGCUAGAGAAAGAGCACUCACCUAUGCUACCAGUUUGGGCUGUGACGUUUCCGAAGGAUCAGAAAAAAUCGUCGAGUGCCUGAAAGGACUACCUGCUGAUGAUUUGAUGCGCGCCGUGGAACAAUUCCUGGUAUGGCAAUAUUCACCUUUUUCGCCUUUUGGUCCAGUCGUUGAAAUCAAUCCACCUGAAAAAUACCCAGCAUUCUUAUAUCACCCACCUGCCAAUACUUUACUUUCUGGAAUGGCGAGGAGAAUUCCCUGGAUGGUCGGAACAGUUGAAUCUGAAGGACUCUACCCCGUUGCCAGUUUCAUUGACAACGAGGAAGAGCUGAAGAGGCUUGACGAAGAGUUCGACGAACUUGUGCCAUUCUUACUUGACUUCAAUCACACUGUUAAAGAGACUGACAGACUAAUGGUGACGAGGAAAAUUAGACAGGAGUAUUUUGGUGACAAAAAAGUUAGCAAGGAAACCACGAAAGAGCUCAUCAAGAUGGCUUCUGAUCGAUUGUUCCUCGUUGACGCCCAGCAAGCAGCGGAAAUUCAGGGUCAAUUUGGUCCUACUUUCUUCUACAAGGUCACCCGUCGCCCCUCAACAAGUCUAAGUGACCUGAUGUCUGGGACAAAUAAUAAUUAUGGCACUAGUCACGUGGACGACCUAUCCUAUAUCAUGAACAUGACGUUCUACGGGGAUAACGAAAAAACUGGAGACGAGUUAGAGUUCAUGGAAAUGAUGCUUGAGUUGUGGAGAACAUUUAUAAAAAUGGAUGAGAAGGUUCCCCAUUAUAAAGACUUGGUAUGGUCUUGGGUUGACCCGGAAGCAGAUUUCAAUUACGCGCUGUUGGACAAAGUUCCUGGGCAUAUUGCGUAUGACAAUGACAUGGGGAACGCUGAAUUCUGGCUGUCUUUGCCAAUUGAAGAGUCCACGCAGCGAACUUCACAGAGAAGGAAAUUUUUAAGAGACAUGGAAAAAGCAAGAGAUGAAUUAUGAGAAUUGUGUCAAUUUAAAUUUUAAAUAGUUGCUUUUAAAGAAAAUGAAGUUAACUGGUUUUUAUAUUAAAACUUGUCAUUAUAAAAAGCGUGACUUUUAU